AUGAAGCUCGACCUUGAACGUCCGAAACGACCUCGAACUACAUUUUCCGAGGAGCAGCUGCGUCUGCUUGAGGAAGCAUUCCAGCAAAAUGGCUACCUUACUGGAGAGGCCCGGAUGGCUCUCGCUUCACGGCUUGCCCUCAGCGAUACACAGAGAUGUUGGACGGUAAGGUUCUCUUUGGAGGAUAAGCACAAAUACACGGAUUAUUACUAUAGCCACAGGUCAAAGUGUGGUUUCAAAAUCGAAGGACUUAAGAACAGAAAGAAGACAAUCAACGAGGAUGGA